UUCCCGAUUUCUCUUUUUCUCGGCUUCAUUAAGAUCAAAAAGAUGCGCAGCUGCUCGCCGCAGCUCUACUGUUGCAGUUUCGUUCCGUCAUGCGCGAGAGAGCAUCGGCGGGGAUGCAAAACAUUGGCGAACGAUAAGCGCGUUCAUCAAUAGUGACGUUAUUACAGUAACAUCGCAUUGCAACGGUCAUCUUUUACGAUUAUAUUGUCAACAUCGUGAACAUGCAUCGUGUUUAUCAUCAUCGUCAUUGUUGUUUUUUCGCGUAUGUACGUGUUGCACACGCAUCCAAUUACGUCAAAAUGCGCAUUCUUGUUUACUCUCGGUGACACCUCAACCAAGUUGUUUCGAUCAUCCCGGUUUCUCGAGAAAAAAAAUGGUCGCGGAAAAGUACAGCAAGCUCGAACCCGAGCUGAAGGAGGAAUUACGCACAAUCGCCCAACAAAUUGUGACACCCGGUAGAGGUAUUCUUGCUGCUGACGAGUCAACUGCAACGAUUGGCAAACGCCUUCAAGAUAUUAAUGUUGAAAAUACUGAAGAAAACCGUAGAGCUUACAGGCAAUUACUUUUUACUACAGCAAAGGAUGCCAUCGGUCAACAUAUUUCCGGCGUGAUCCUCUUUCACGAAACUCUUUAUCAAAAGGCCGAUGACGGUACACCAUUCGUUGAGCUAUUAAAGCAGCGCAACAUCAUCCCUGGAAUCAAAGUUGACAAGGGCGUCGUUCCGCUUUUUGACACGGAUAAUGAAUGCACGACUCAGGGUCUUGAUGAUCUCCAAGCGCGUUGUAUCCAGUACAAAAAGGAUGGCUGCCACUUUGCCAAGUGGCGAUGCGUGUUAAAGAUCACAAAGGAUACGCCGAGCAAACUCGCCAUCUUGGAGAAUGCCAAUGUGCUGGCCCGUUACGCUUCCAUCUGUCAAAGCGCCAGAAUUGUGCCGAUUGUAGAGCCUGAGAUUCUUCCCGACGGUGACCACGACCUCGCUCGUUGUCAACAGGUCACGGAAGAAGUUCUCGCAGCCGUUUACAAAGCACUCUCAGAUCAUCACGUGUACCUCGAAGGAACGCUGCUCAAACCCAACAUGGUAACACCGGGCCAGAGCUGCCCAACGAGAGCGACUCCCCAGGAAAUAGCCGGCGCUACGGUAACAGCAUUGUUACGUACCGUGCCACCAGCAGUACCCGGUAUCACCUUCCUCAGCGGUGGCCAGUCCGAGGAGGAGGCAUCGGUCAACUUAGAUGCUAUUAAUAAAUUUCCGGCAAAGAAGCCCUGGGCACUAACCUUCAGCUAUGGACGCGCUCUUCAGGCAUCUGUACUUCGUGCUUGGCAAGGCAAGGCCGAUCAGGUCGCUGCCGGUCAAAACGAAUUGCUUAAGAGAGCCAAAGCAAAUGCCGCAGCCUGCCAAGGCAAGUAUGUCGCCGGCAGUAUUUCUAGCAAAGCCGCUGACACCUCUCUGUACGUCAAAUCUCACGCCUACUAAAAAAUUUUCACAUUUUUUGCGCAGUCCAUUUCUCGUGGCAGCUAACAGUGAGUCGGCACUUGGUAAAUAUGCAGGUGGUGUAGCCGGUGCUGCGGGAGAUGCAGCGCUUUUUGUCGCCAAUCACGCGUAUUAGAUUGACUCAUAAGAAUUCGAUGUACCGUUAUGAAUAUAAAAUUGAACAGCCGUUGAAAACAUUUCGCAGGAUUAUCGUCAUCGUUCUUUCAAAAAGAAGUGGAUCAUUUUUUUUCAUGGAAAAAAAGUGAAUCCUUUAAGGAUGAUCGAGACGCACACAAAACUUCGAAGUUUCCGAGAACAUCGAUCGUUUUUAUUAUAUUUUAAUAUAAAUAUUCUUAAGCAAUCGUAUCUUACAAAUCAAAUUGUAUGAUUUGAAGUUGAGUUUUAAUCAUUCUAAUCUUUUCAUCAUUGUAAAUUUAUCAGUCAGAUUCGAUUUUAAUUAAUCUUACAUUAUAUGAUUCAAAUCGAUCAUUCAUAAAUUGCAUGUAAAAUAUGUCAAUUGAAAUUUUACUGGAAAAGUUGCUUAUUUAACAGAUAAUUUGAUGCGUAACUUUGUAAUAUAUAAAAUAUCAAAUUUAAAGUUUUUUUUUUUAAUUUGAUCUAUUUUUGACUUUUUAUUGAUAUUCUCGCCGCUGUUUCAAUUCAAUAACUAAUUUAAUGAGAUUCAAUUUUAUUGGCAUUAGAUGAAACAUCAAAUGUAAGCAGAUUAUGAUAUUCAAUAUUAUGAUAUUAUUGACAUCUAUAAUAAUACUACAAUAGACAAAACAAUAUAUAUAUAUAUAUAUAUAUAUAUAUAUGUAAACACAUCAUACGAUCAAUGUGUUAGAAUAUUCUUCAUGUAUAAGAUAAAAGUGCAAAAAAAAGCAAAAUUAUGCAAAAUAAAACGAAUACUAAAUGUUGUUUGUUAGCGAUUGAGUCGAAUAUUACGAAAUCGUUAUAUUGUGUGUUAUCUAUACUUAUAAUAACACUAUGUGUAUCUCACAUAAGUAUCUAAUAUAUAAAGAAGAAUUACCUUGUAUAUCGAUGUUAUAUCUAAAUAUUUUCGUUGUAAUCUAGGUCACCAAAUACAACUGUGGAGGACAAAAAAA